CAAAGAUCAGUUGUCUACACAGUUGGUGUUCAUGAUAGGAGCCUUGUUUAUGCCCAUGGGGGCUAUUGGCCCGGCCAUCAACUUAGCUAAACGACUUUUUGAAGAAAAAAACACCGGGCUGAAUGAACUUCAGAAAAUAUCGGGAGUAUCAGCGGAGACAAUAAGUCUCUCUCACGUGUUGGACAUGUUAUCCGUAGUGCUGUUAUACCUGCUGGUAUUCAUCCUGUACUUCAAAAUUACCCGCCAUUUGAUUUACACGAGUGCCUGCCACUUUGCGUUCGCUACUGUGCUGUUUUUCCUCAGUACUGUAGCGUUCACGUUCAUAUUAGUUUACGUUCUUGAUCUCGAGUCACUCCAAACCGCAGAACUUAUAUUAUCAUGUAUACUGUUCAGUUUUGAGUUCAUUCUUUUCGCCACCAAAAACUUGAAGAGUCGUCCAUUGCUUCUGGUGUUGUUAUUCCUGCCGCUUCAAGCUUAUUCUACAUUUAUUCAAAUACUAGGCCUCAGCGAGUAUGACGGUGAGGCUAUAACACUAACUAACAUGUGGUCAAUAACAUCGAGAGAUAAGCCAGUGGCUGUGGGCGAAUGCUACUUGAUGAUGGCGCUUCAAUUACUUAUAUUCUCUUUGAUUGCCUGGUACUUCUCCAAGAAAGAGUAUUGGAGUAAGCGGCCAGAACCGGCAACCGCGGAAGCUGAAGUCCAGUCCAUAAACGUGGAGGACAAGCAAUAUUUCGAGACGGCCCCGCAAGGUCUCAACGUUGGCAUUAAGGUCAAUAAUGUCAGCAAGUGGUUCGGUGAAGAGAGAGUACUCCAAGGAGUGAAUUUAGCCGUGUACCGCGGCGAGAUCACCGUGCUGCUCGGACACAACGGCGCUGGCAAGACCACGCUCAUCAACAUCAUCACCGGUCUCAUACCAGCGUCAUCGGGCAACGUGAAGGUUGAAGGCAAGGACACGUUCAAGCAGUCGGUGGAAGCCCGUAAGCUGAUCGGCCUCUGCCCGCAGCAGAACAUGUUCUUCAGUCACCUACAUGUUCUGGAACACGUUAUGUUCUUUGCUAUGCUUCGAGGCCAAUCAUACUCCCAGUCCAAGACCACGAGCAAGGAACUGCUCGCCAAGCUGCAUUUGACGGAGAAGUUAUCAUCCAUGCCGGAAACGUUGUCUGGCGGGAUGAAGCGGCGCGUGCAGUUGGCCUGCGCGCUGGCUGGCGGCGCGCGCGUGCUGGUGCUGGACGAGCCCACCAGCGGCCUGGACGUGGAGACUCGCCGGGAGCUCUCCAACACGCUGCUGGGUCUUCGCGGGGAGCACACGGUGCUGAUGACAACGCACUUCAUGGAGGAAGCGGACGCGCUGGGCGACCGCAUCGCCGCGCUGCACCACGGUCGGGUGCGCUGCAACGCCUCGCCUAUGUUCCUCACGAGGGCUAUUGGUACCGGCCAUCGUCUCACGCUCACCACAUCAGGUCCGCCGAAUGAAGAAGCGAUCACGAGAACUAUCACCUCCGUCGUGCCGGACGCGACCGUCCGACAACGACAACCGGCCGGCCUGACUUACAACUUGCCGGCGAAGGACACUGCGCAGUUCCCCAGGCUCUUUGACGCGAUAGAGAAAUCGCGUUCCGAGUUGAAAAUCGAUACUAUUGGCGUCAGCAAAAGCACUCUUGAGGAAGUCUUCAUGGAGUUGUGUAGCGAUACAAAACCAACUUAUAAAAUGCCGGCAACCCCAGUUAAAGAGCCGACGUUGGAGCUCCUGAAGGGAUCGAAAUGGCGUGUCCAGCAAUUCCUAUCACUCCUUCAGAGGCAGUGUCGCUUUAUCAAGCCUCACGUUUUCAUCAUCGUGAUGAUCCUCUGCGGAGGUCUGUCUGGACAUGUACUCCACGCGUCCGCAGCGUCGCGUGUUUGUAAAGGAGACGACAGUGCCCUGCAUGCUUUGCGGAUGGCAUACGAUGGGGUACGGUUUGAGGAGGUGUCCGAUGUCCAUAAAGCCGUUUUUCGGACCCGCCGAGAGAACCAGCAAAUAGAAAAAAAAUAUCUGUUCGGGAUCGAGCUCAGAAACGCCAGCGCCAAGGCUAUUUACUCGCCAUCGGUGCGUCACGGGGCAUCAGCCGCGCUGAACGCGUUAAGCAACUUACUGGCCGGACGAUCUUCUGGACCGCUUCGCGUGGGCGCGCGCGUAAAUCGCACGAUAAUCGUGCGCAGUCACCCUUUGCGUGGAGCCUAUGUUAUGUAUGAUGAGAAUACGCUACGCUGGGCUAAGAUGGACACGAAUGUAUGGAUGUGGAGCAGUUUCAUGAGUUUGAUUUUAUGCAGUUACGUGAGCUCAUUCGUCCGGUUACCUACCAUCGAGCGGACAACAGGCACUCGGCACGCCUACAUUAUGGCGGGCACGCCGCGUUGGCUCCACUGGCUCGUCUUGUAUGUGGGACAUGCCAGCCACGCACUGAUCCUCAUAAUAUUGAUCGUGCUGUUUGCUUAUUUGUUGGACAAAGAUCACACAUUUAACCAGGCCGGAUUUGCCGUGGCUCUGUUCGUGUUGCUAGUAUGGGGCGUGCUCGCCUACCUGAGUUUGGUUUACUUCAUGAGCAACUUGUUUAAGAUGACCACCAACACCACCAUCCUCUUUAUACUUGUCAUGGCUUGCACUACGUGGUCGUCAGCGGUGAAAGAGUCCUCGACGGUUGUAUACACGAUUAUGUACAUUCCUUACUUCUUGUUCCCACCGCACGCCCUCGCAGUCGGGGUGUCGAAUACAGCGACCGUGGCGCAAAUGAAUGGUUUCUGCAACUUGAACAGAGACAAGUGUCCCGCACUGGCUGGGCCGGGAAAGUUUAAAGCGGAAAAAUGCUGCCAGUCCCGCGCAGGCUCGGAGCCGUUUUGCUAUUGGGGAAUGAGUGCCGCCGGCACCCCGAUGCUCGUUCUCAUUUGGCAACUGUUCGCGUACUAUAUGCUGACAUACGUAGUGGACGACGCCAUGGUAGGGCGUCUGAGAAGCAUGUUGACGGGCACGGUGCUCGGCCGACUGAUAUCCAAGUCUAAACCGCCGGAGCCCCGGUUUAAUGAUGCCGCGGUCCAGGCUGAGGCGGCCUACGUCCAGAAUACUAUUAAUCAAACUAAAGACGAAAUAACAGACGCUGUCCUAGUCUGUAAAGUUCAGAAGAGCUACCCCAAACUUCUACGUCCUCCAUUCCAUGCUGUUAAGGGCAUCAGUUUCUCUGUCAAGAAAGAUGAGUGCUUCGGUCUGCUUGGAGUGAACGGAGCGGGCAAGAGCACGACUUUCGGACUGCUUACGGGUCAAAUGGCCUUGACGGGAGGCAAGCUGUUCGCAAACGGGUACCGCUCUACUGAACGUAGCAAGUACAUGUCCACAUUAAGCUACUGCCCGCAAUUCGGCGGCGUCGAUGGAUUCCUGACGGGCCGUCAGAACCUCGUUCUGGUGCUGAAACUUCGUGGCUUGAAACCGGCCGAUGCAUCUAACGUGGCCGCUUCCUGGAUCCAUGAAGUCGAUCUAACUCCGCACGCGGACAAAGUGGUGUCGUCAUACAGCGGUGGUAUGGCGCGACGACUGGCGGCAGCCGCGGCGCUGUGCCAGGCCUCUCACACCGCGGUCUUGGACGAGCCAACGGCAGGUGUAGACCCGAUAGCACGCCGUCGGAUGCAUCAAGCACUGCUGAGAGCUAGGACGCAGAAGUCUAUUAUUGUAGCCUCACACAGCAUGGACGAGAUGGAAGCUCUCUGCCAUCGCAUCGCCAUCAUGUCUGGCGGUGAACUACGCGCACUUGGCUCGGCUGCCACGCUGAAGAUACAGCACGCUCAAGGGUACACUGUCGUCUUCAAACUGACCAGCGCGCAGGUAAACCCUGAUGCUUUAAAGGAGUUUAAGGACCGGCUGGCUCUGCGCUUUGAAUGUGAGCUGAAAGACCAUCACCGGAACACGCUGCGUUACCACGUGAAAACCGUGCUCCCCUACAGCACGCUGUUCACGAUGCUAGAAGAUCAUCGGAAACAGUUCUCGUCCCUGGUGGAUGACUACACCGUCACGGAUACCACGCUUGAAGAGGUGUUCCUCGCGCUCGCUAAAGAGGCCAAAAUUACGCCACCCCAACCCAAUAGCGAGGCGAAGGAUGAUAACAAAACUCCGCCUUCUAAAGACAGUAAAGACACCAAGCAAUCCACAUCCAAGGUUUAACCUGUUCCUCGCCAUAUCAAAAAGGUAAUACAGAUGUAGUGAGAAAAGAUUUGCCUUCGUAUUGUUACGGAAACAUUUCGUACGUGUCAAGCUAUUUCAGUCAGUGUCAGUACAAAAUGUACAUUAACUGAACUAGCAUGACAAAUACGAACUUUUCCGGAAAAAUAUGAAGGAAACCUUUUUCGCGAUACAUCUGUACGUUCGUAUUUGUCAUACGUUUGUACGUUUCCGUAAAAAUACGAAGGAAAAGCUUUUCGCACUACGAUGUAGCGUGCCAUAGCAACAAAUUGCACGUAAACACUAAACAACAGUCAACUCUGCCUUGUCAACUGAAGGUGUGUUUUAAUUUGAAUUUUUCGACUUGAUAUCAAGUCGUGGCGUGUGGGGCACGAAAUGUUCUGACUUCAUGUCAAUGGCGGUGAAAAGGUUAAACAAAGACCAGUGAUGCCUUUCGGUUGAUUCUUGCUCCGGUCGACUCAGCAUAGCUACGAGCAAUUUAGAUUUUUGCCCGAAUCGACCCUGAACUGGUUUUGGUGGUCUGCUAGCUCUGAUCUAGUUACAUUACUUAAUAAUAAUGGCGAUUAACGCGCAUUUGAGGCCUUCACAAUUUACAUUUUCAGUGUGCUCUUACAAGUUAAAAAUAUUUUUAGCAUGACUUUUAAUAUUUACCUAUAGUAUGUAGUUUUUUUAUAUGAUAUAUGUAAGUAUGUGAGGAAAUUAAACAAAUCUAUA